AUUAGGCACAACACGUGUGUAUGUUCUAACCGUGUUUUGGCAAUACACAUUACAGUCAGCUGUUUAAUAUGGGGAAAAAGUCAAAAGUUGGAAAAGCUCGAAAGGACAAAUUUUAUCAGCUUGCAAAGGAAACAGGUUACCGAUCCCGAGCUGCCUUUAAGCUGAUCCAGCUGAACCGAAAGUUUGAGUUUCUCCAGAAGUCACGAGUGGUCGUUGACCUGUGUGCUGCCCCGGGAGGUUGGCUACAGGUUGCCGCAGAAAACACGCCUGUGUCCAGUCUUAUCAUUGGCGUUGAUCUUGUCAGUAUUCGCCCAGUCCACAAUUGUAUAACCCUCCAAGAAGACAUCACUACAGAAAAAUGUCGACAGAGAUUACGCCAAGAGUUGAAGACGUGGAAGGCUGACGGCUUCCUCCAUGAUGGAGCUCCUAACCUUGGCAAGAACUGGCUGCAUGAUGCCUUUCAGCAAGUUGAGUUAACGUUGCAUGCACUGCGACUGGCGACAGACUUCCUCAAGAAGGGAGGCUGGUUCGUGUCGAAGGUUUUCCGUUCCAAAGACUACUUCUCCCUGCUGUGGGUGUUCCAGCAGUUGUUCCGCAAUGUUCACGCCACCAAGCCGAAAGCGUCGAGGAAUGAGUCAGCUGAGAUAUUUGUUGUCUGUCAGGGAUUCACUGCACCUGACAAGAUUGACCCGAAAUUUCUCGACCCCAAGUUUGUGUUUAAAGAGAUUGACCAGGAUGAACCGGUCAAGCUGGGAAUUGAUCUUAUUCACCCCGAGAAGAAAAGACGACACCGCGAGGGCUACCCGGAGGGAGACUACACCCUGUUCCACACCCUGCACGUCUCAAAGUUCAUGGAGAGUGAUAACUUCAUCGAACUGCUCGCUAAUGCGUCAGAGAUUGUUUUGGAUGACGCCAAAGUUGCAGAGCAUCGCGCCACCACACAGGAAAUCAAAGAAUGUCUUAAAGAUAUCAAGGUUCUCGGCAAGAAGGAAAUCAGGAACAUAUUCAGCUGGAGGAAGAAAAUCCAGAAAGAUUUAUACACAGAGGAAGAAAACUCACUGGAAAAAGAAGUUGAAGAAGAGGAAGAAAGUAGUGAUGGCGAGGCCGAACUUCGUGAGAAACUGGCCAAGAUGGAGGAAGAGGAGCGGAGACGACUCAAGAGAAAACUGAGAAAAACCCGUAAAGAGAAGUCAAAGCUUCGCCACAAGAUGGACCUGAAGUUGGUCCUACCCGAUGACAAACACGAUUUUGUGGAUGACCUUGCUCUGUUCAACCUGUCAAGAAUUAAAAGUAAAAAGGAUCUGGAGAACAUUGAGGCUGGCGACCAGAGCGUGCUGGACUCGGAUCUGGCGACUCAGCAGGAGGAGCUCGACUCGUACAUCCCACUGAACCUGAACAAUCCCAAGAUGAGGUUCGCGCGCGACUCGAAGAACUACCUCGACCCUGACGACGUGUCGGAGGAGGAGUUCGAGUCCGACCCCGAGUUUGAGGAAGAGUCCGACCACGAACACGCAAGCCAUGGUAAUGAUGAGGAAACGGAUAAGAAUCCUUUAAUGGUUGACUUGGAAACAAGUGACGCGAGGACGCAGCGUAAACUCAAUGCCUGGUUCAGCAAGGAUGUGUUUGCUGAUCUUGAUGAAGAUGAAAAUGAAGAUUUGGAGAUAGAGAAAAUGGCUGCUGAUUACAAAAAACGUGGUGGAACAAUUUUAGGUAGAGAAAUGUCAGAAGAAAAACCUGUAAAUAAAACAACGUCAAAGUUGACAAAGCCAAAAAAGGUUAAAGAGAACUAUGACUCAGGGAAUGCGAGUCUGUCAGAACAUUCUGACGCCGAUGACUCGAGUAGUUCAUCCUCCGACUCAGACAACAGUGACUACGACGAGAGACACAUUCUGCAGAGUUCAAAAAAAAGAAAACUGAAAUUGUUGAGAAAUAAGACCAAUGCAAAAGAUGGAUUUGAAAUAGUUCCGCCCGAAGAACCAGUAGGUAGACUUGAUGAAGUGGGGCUAGCAAUAGGAGAAGCAAUGAUUGAAUCUCGCAAACGAAAGAGGGACAUUAUAGAUGGUGCGUAUAACAGAAACAUGUUCGAUGAUGAUGGUUUGCCUGCUUGGUUUAUAACUGAUGAAACAAGACAUCGCCGCUUACAGCUACCAGUCACAAAAGAAGCCGUCCAAGAGUACAAGUUGAAGCAAAGGAGUAUAGACGCAAGACCUAUAAAGAAAGUAGCAGAAGCGAAGGCCAGAAAACAUAAAAGGCAACUGAACCGGAUUAACAAAGCUCGUAAGAAAGCAGAAUCAGUGACCGAUGCUGUGGACGUCUCUGAGAAAGAGAAAUGGCAGCAGAUCAAGCAGAUUUAUAAGAAGGCUGGUCUGCUGAAGGAGAAAAAGAAAGAAGUGACCUACGUAGUGGCCAAGCGAGGCAUUGGCAGAAGGGUCCACCGCCCGGCAGGGGUGUCAGGACAGUUCAAGGUGGUUGACGGGCGAAUGAAGAAAGACACGCGUGCUAAAAUGAGGAAGGUGGACAAGCAGAAAGGAAACAAAGGGAAAAAGAAGGGACCAAAAAUUAGUAAAGGCAAAAAGAAACGGUGACCUAGUAAAUGGAAGCCCGCCAAACAAGAGAUGUAGGCCAAGGUGUUCUUGAAAACAACAAGUCAUCGGGGAUCCCAAUCCUGGAAUGUACAUUGUACUCCACUGUUAAUCUCAAUGUGAAAGUUGUGUCACUUUGUGAAUGUUGGCUCAAUUACUUUCUUAACUUAUACCACUUUGUUUCAAAGUUAACUCAGAUUAAUUAGCACAUACUGCUGGAAGUAUGAAAACACCUUUACCCCGAAACAGGAAUGACCCUAUAACAAAGUUGUUCCACAUAAAGUGCAGAAUUGCGAACAGUUCAAAUGAUGGAAGUUGUAAAUGUAUUUCAGAUUGAACUGGAAAAUGUACAAUAAAUUUAUAAAAAUGUU